AUUUCAUCGAAAAUCUUUUGCUUUAUGCAUUUUUCUGGCAGACAAUAUUGUGUAACAAAAUUUCAUCGAUCCGGCUUGAUAUCUUUUUCGAUCAAGGUCUGAAGUUAGAUAACAAUCCAGUAAAUAUGUGUACAGUUGUGUAAAAGUUUUGUGACGUCAUAUUUGGUCAUAAAAGAAGAACACUAAUUGUGCGUCGGAGAAGUCCAUCAAGUUUUGAUUUAUUGAUGGAUAAUACCUCUGAGAAGAAAGAAGAACCAGAUGGAGGUGAACAGUGUGUUAGUCGACAGAAUAGUCAGAUUUUGAAAGACAGUGUCAUUAAAAGUAUUUACGAUUCAGCAGCAUCCGCAAAGACUAGAAGAGUCACACUAAUUCAAAUAUGUCGCUGUCUACAGAUGUUAAGUCAGUGUCCAUCUCAAGGUGAUUUGAAUAAAAUCUACUCUGAUUAUACACCGGAUGAUCUAGAAGGAACUGGUCCAGAAAGCAUUCCUCUAGACUUGGAACAAUUCACAGAGAUAAUCAGAACGUAUUCAAAAACAAGAGAUGAACGGUGGAAUCAAAUAAACAAUGCAUUUCUUUACUUUGAUAAACUUGAAUCUGGUGUUGUCGAUACAGAGCCAAUGCGAACCAUGCUGUUAACAGUUGGUGAUUGUUUUACAGACAGGGAAUGCAAUGAGUUUUUCAAAGAAGCUGCACCUGGAACAGACGGAAAAUGGCCUUAUGAUGAGCCACAUUAUGGUUUAGGAUGUCAAGAAGAUUCUACAUUCUGUCAUCAUUGUCAUCUUAAACGAAGGUCAUCUACGUAG